AUGUAAUUUGCUAUUGCUAUAUAUUGUCUACCUACAAAAGAUACGGGGGGACUACUUGAAUUCCUUCUUCCAAGUACCAACUAACACUAUCUAGAAAUUUCAGCUAUUGGAAUCGAAUUCUUAUUUCAGAUUAAGCUUAUCAAGAUAUUAGAGGAUAAUGCUUUCAUUCGCCUCAUUUUAGAAUCUGCUACGAAAAUUGAGAUUAAGACCUCUAAGUAAAUGGAAUUCAAUAAAUAAUAACACUCAGUCAAUGUUAAAGAUGUCAUUAGCAAGUUUAAUAAGUUGAUAUCUAAUAAGAACUACAAAGCAAUUUCUAUUGAAGGAAAAACUAGACCAAACAAACAGGCUCAGAGCUAGUAUUAUGCAAUUAAGCUCUCUCUUCAACAAAAAUAGCUAAUUUAGACAGCAAAAUUCUCAGUUGAUAAGAUCAAAUGA